ACCUAACGCCAACAGCAUCUAGACCUGCUUCACGACACGCGCCGUUCGCACUUAUAGCAUCGAUUCGAUAUUGAUUUGCCGCAGCAAAGAUACUAGUGAUUGACGGAGAAGUCGGUUGUGUGAGAUGCCACGAUGUUGGCUGUUCGAGACCAGGAAAACCUAGUGCACGCGCACCAAACAAACGCUGCCGCGAAGCCACUCAACCAGGGCCUUAAACAGCUACAGCCAAAGACUCCUGGAGCUCGAGCACCCAAAACGCCUUUUAAAGUCCCCUUGAACGACGAAAAUAAUCCGCUGGCGUUUGGAAAAAAGACUGUGAAGGCAGCGGGAAAUCGAAAUGAGAAUACGAAACUUGGAAAGGAUGCCUUUGUUACGCCGUUCGCAGGUGGCCAGAGUCGGGCUCCUUUGGGAAUGAAGACGACCAAUGCCAAAACGCGAGGAUUACAGACCCCUGGCCCAUGGAAGGGGACGGUCAAGCCAGAGAAGACGAACAAGAGAAGUUCCACCGCUCAGCGAGUUAAAAAGGCUGCUCCUAUUAUACAGCAAAACCAAAUCAGCACCCAAGACAAAGUCGUGGAGAAUGAUGUUCCAGACAUUGAAUAUAUGCCGCCCAAGCCAAAAGAACUCCCUGAUUUCCCUGAUGAAAUCAACUAUGACACAAGUUUCCCCCAGUUUCUACCCAGGAACCUGGCAUUGGGACUGGAAAAAACCUACGCUGGCAGUCGUAGCCUCACCAAGGGAGAGCGCAAGCUGCGAGAAGAUUCAGCUGCAUAUGACAAGAUGGUAGAUGAAAUGAUUAUGAAGUCAUUGGAAACCAUUAAUUUUGAAGAGAGUGAUUUUCCGGACCAGGUCGAAGGAGAAGUGGUCAAAGAAGAAAUGGCCAAAGAAGCCACUAAGAGUCGGCGUGGUGCAAAAGCCGCCAACAUCAAGCCAACGGUUACGAGCAAGGUUUCAACUGUCAAACUUCGCGAUGCAGCUACUGCUCUGUCCGGGGUGAAACCCAUCUCAUCCACUACUUCAUCAAGACCACCCUCGUCAGGACAUACGUCUAGGCCUGCGUCCAGACCGGGCUCGUCAUUGCUUGCUUCUAGGAGGAUUCGGACCCCUACCCCUACAAACCCGUCCUCCAUGCGUCAUAGCGCCGCUACUGCUAGUUCAAAAACAACCGUUGGAUACGCCAAGGGCAGAACCAUGUCUUCUAAAUUGCAUAGCAGCUUCGGUGAUGCAAAUAAGCAGCCAACGACCAGGACUGCCAUCUCUCCACGGAUGUACAUGCAGUUGUAUGGGCCCCCCGCUCUUGGGAGUGACAUGUGGCGUCGCUGCAAGGCGGCAGGGUGUUUUGAAGACGAGAACAGGGAGCUGGAGGCUGAAGUUGCAGCUUUGCAUACCCUGGAAGAUGAAGAGACUGAGAACUUUCAGCUGACUUUAUGAAAAGGAAUACGCCCGGCUGAUCAGCAGAUUCUUUCGGCUCUUCUUCACUAUUAGAUCUUAUUGUCAAUUGCAUUGUUACUGGAAGUUGGGAGGAUUGUCAGAUGGUAUGAUUACAGUGGUCUAAAUUGUUAAUGGCGUUUAUUUUUUCUGCUUGGGGAGUUCUGUAUCCAACGAAAGGCCAGACAAUAGGUAGUUCUCUAGGCCAUUAUAUGACAGAGUUAUUAAAUUAUUACUUGGUAUCGCC